AUGUCCUUUGCCACAUCUUCCUCUGCCUCCUUCUCUUCACCGUUGGGUGACGGGGCUGACACCACGCUCCUCACGACUACUCCCAACGCGGCCUCAGAUCUCGUAUAUAACCCCUAUGUAGCCCCAGCUAGCCUCGGCGCAUCUGCAGAGGCAGCACGGCAGCCGCCCUUUGCAGAUGCGCUGCCGUUGCCUCUGCGGGGCGUCUCGGCUGCCUCCGCAUCCGGAGAGCGAAGGCGAUCGCAAGACUUCGCCAGGCGGCCCUUGACAGCAGCAGCCGCUGUUGUCGCAGUGCCGCAAUCGGCGAGGUCGGUGCUGUCAUCAACAUCUCACUCUUUGGCCUCCGCCAACCCGCCGCUGCCGCCGCUUCUGCGCCCAGCAGAGAAGACGCUCAAGAUGGGCGACAGAAGCUGUGCCGCCAACGGCGUGGCUGGUGGUGCCUCGCUCUUCCGCAACUGGUCCACCAGCGCCGCACUGCUUGAUGAGGUUCUGGACACUCCAUUUUUCCAUCUACUCCCGAAAAGCACAGAGAGCACUGCCGGGACGGUGUUGUCGUCCGCGGCGGCUGUAGUGACAGCGGGAGCAGCAUCAGACGGACACUCGGGAGUGCCAUCCCUAGACUCAUCGCCGUUGAAAGUCACUUUUGCCAGCUCCUCUACUCUGGGGAGUGCAGCGACAGCAGCGUCGGCCAGCGUUCUCGCCAGGAAGUCAUCGAACAGAGCCGGCUUACUCACCACUGGUGUCCAACGGCAGACAGAGCCGACGAUGGCGACGGCGACGGCGGCGGCGGCGCACGGCCCGGUACUUCCGUCCGUGACUCUGCCGACCAGCGAUGCCACACUGCCGUCCAUUCUGCUCAUUGCCCUCGCAGAUAUGGAGGCGCUACAGCAGUCUUUCUGCGCUCACGCCCGCGCUACUCCAGUGAAGGAUCACCUGGCUGAGUUCAAGCGACUGGUGGCCACCUCGAUGCGAUCGGAGUUGGCACACGGGCAUGAGGGGCCACCCAUGGAGGGCUUGGCAGCGGAAGCCCACCCGGAUGCCGCUGCGGCUGGGGGCGUUAAUGCGGACCACGACGCAGUCGCUGGCAAAGGCGCGAAAGCGACCAGUGACGUGGUGCAGGGUGAUGACUCGGCACUCGAUUCCACCCCCAUUGCCAGUUCCAUGCAGACGCACGACGCGGCCGUCCGCGCGGCGUUGCGCGCCGCGCACGGGUUUCUUUACGGCAACGAAACAGUUCCAAUCGGCGUGCCCACGGUGCACCUGCAGCGCGCUCGUCGCGAGUGGGUUGCACGAUACAGUGUCCUGCACGUUCAGCCACGCCUGCAGAGGACCCAGCGACGUCGGUACGAGACGUGGGAGCAGCGGCAUCCACAGCCACAAGGCUUUACUGGCCGCGGCACUGCCGGUGGUGCCGGUCAGCACGGCGCGCCUGACUCGCAGAGUACGAUGACGGCGAUGUCUCUGUGCGCAGCCUUGCAACCCACGUAUUGGCGGGCUAUUGCCAUGGGGCGGCCAGGCACGGUGUCCGCCACGCCUAUCACACCCGCCACAGCCCGCCCCGCCACCGCGGGUACUCUCCCCACCGAAGUGGGAGGGGCUACUGGCAGUCACGCCUUCAUCCUGCCGCCAACAGGUCAACCGUGGUCGUCAAGCACUGCAUAUUCCGCCUCGUUACUGCACUCUCCGUCGCCUGUGAAGCCAGCGGCAGUGCCAAUGCUCUAUACGGCAGUCUGGGACGCGGACCUCUACGACGACCUUUGCCUGGCCGUGUCGGUAGAGCAGUGCGACAUGAUGGACCGCCAAGCAACGUCGCGCACCACUGUAGAGGCGAUGGAGCUAGACGGUCCGGUGCCGAAGGGCUUUUCGGAGGCAGUGGGCUACACUUCUUCCGCUUCGCUGAUGGAGCUCUCGGCGCCACCGCUGCUGCUCGGCCACGCUGGCGACCUUACUCAACUGCAGCUCACCCUCCCCAUCUUUGUGUAUGUUGUCAGCCGCUACUUGUUCGUUGCACACUAUGCCGCGUACUUUCCGACAGGCCUGUUCAGCCGCGCCCUUAUCGAUCCCUUUUACUUUUCAGAUGCCGCUCAAUGCUCGCCAGAAUACGCGCUGCGUAUGGCGCCGACCUUGCGACGAGAGGCACAGCGUGUGUAUGCCGACUAUGCCGCGCAGCUGGCGGAUGCGCACCGCUGCUUCCCUGAUCGCACGCACUCGAUAGAGGUGCCGCUGUCACCGAAAGACAUGUUUCACCUGUGGGAGCUGCUGUGCCCGCCCCAGCAGCAAGAUAUUGCAGGGCGGUGGAACCCUGUUCCGUGGGGCUCGCUGACGCCCGAGGAGGAAGAGGUGCUUCUUGAAGAGGAAUUUAAGAGUACCCCGGACACGGAUCAGCGAGCCAGUGACAAGGGUGCCUCUGGCGGGGAAUCCCUGCUGAGUUACCCAUACGCCCGUGCGGCACGGCAAGCCUACCGGUGGCGGCUCCAGCAGCUCGCCCAGCACCCGUCUCUUCUGUCUGAGGUUCAUCGCCUCCUCUCUCACUGCGAGGAUGUCGCGUUGGGGUUCUUUACGGUCUUCGAUGUGGAGCAGAAGGGUUGCAUCACGUGGGAGGCUUUCACCAACGCGCUCAUCGAGGAGGCGGACGUGCAGAAUCAUCAGCGCAAGGUGCGCGAGCGUGCGGUUCAUCUGACGCGAACCAGCGCCUCGAUCUUCGACCGGUACGUCGUGGAGCCGCUCGCCCCAGCGCUUGCGCGACUUGGGUACACGGGUAACGUCUUUGAGGUACGGCACAGCGUGUCGCUCGUCAUGCUGGAGGGGCCGACCGACUACGCUGUGUGCGAUGGCGCGCGACUGGGUAGCAUUAACCAGCGUUUUCUUGUUCGACCAAUGGAGGUUUUGCGCAAGGAUCUCGAAGGGGAACCGCACGAUGCCUUUGGUCGACUCAUCCGCGGCCUCGGUGGCGACGAAGGGGCGAGUGGCAGACAAGACGCGCCCUCGACCGCUGAUGCUGGCGGCUACGACGCAGCACUGCAGCAGCGGCCGUGGCGCUUUAAUCAACGGCCUCAGCAGGUGUACAUUCGCUACGAGGACGGCCGGCAGCUGCCGGAGUCCACGGCGCUGAACGUGCUGCAACAGCUGAGCCCCUCUUCAACGACGGGGAGCGGCACGGCAGCAUGCGAGGGUGAUGGUGAUGACAAGGAAGACAAGUUCACAAGCGUGCGUGCGCACCAGCCGGCGAAGUUGGUUUCCCUCGAAGGCGUCUUGGCUGUCGAGGACGUCUCGCCGUGUGUGCCAUGGCCCGUGUACGUGGCACGCGGCAGCGACAUGCUGCUGCGGUUGUAUGGCACAAGCCGGGCCGUCCAAGCGCUGCCGGAGGCAGGCGUGCUGCGGUGCACGGAGACUGUGUCAAGCAUGGAGUGGGCUGCCGGCGGCCGUGGAGAGCGACACUCCAGCAUGAGCCACACCGGCACCUCAUCUGGCAGCGCCGCCGCUCGAUCAGCUGGCGUGGAUGGCGACGGGAACGGCGAGAGGAUGAACCGAGGGUGUCGCAGCGGCAGCGCCGCCCUGGGUGGUGGCCGUACUCCCCCCCUUGCCGGUGGGCUGACGUCGCGGCAGAAACAGGCGCCUCGUGACCGCUUCUUCGUGCAGCGGCAGGAGUACCUUCUCCUGGGCACCCGUAAGGGCACCAUCCUCAUUGUGGACCUGUACGCCUUGCUGAACCGCAUCCCGCGCCUCGCGACGCUCGCCGGCAGUCACAGCGGCGGCACUGUUGGAGGUGGCAGUGGCAGCGCAGCCGGAAACAGCGCGGAUGGCGUGGGCGGCAAUGGAGGAGUGGCGAGCACAAUGGGCGCCAUUUCCAGCGUCGUGCCGGCCAUAUCGGAGCGCAUUGGCAGCUCCGAGAGCGCGUGGACAGGCUACCGUGCCAUCGCCCACCGCACCUUCUACAGCGAUAUUGGCACCUUCGUCGUUCAUACACGACAGCUCCACACGCCCGGCACGCUUGUGUCUUCCAUCGUGGCCGUGGCCAGCAACGGCUUGGUGGUCUCCAGCGGGCUCGACGGGGAUGUCUUCACCAUGAGAUUGACUUACUCGUCCGCGCCGAGCACCACUACCAGGACGCUGCGGACGCCGCGCGGCGGCGCUGCAGGUGUUGGGACCACCAUAACCGACACGGAUCGCCCAUUGGUGCGCAUUGAGGUGCUACAUCGCAUGCAUGUAUGUGACACUGGUGUGCGCUGCGCCCUGCCCAUUCCGUUUCGUUCCUUGCUCGCUGUGCAGACGGCGGCGAGCAAGGUGUACCUUUACCAUAGCUCCGUGCUGCCGACGGCACCAGCACUGGUGAACGGUGGUCGCGGCAACGCCUCCUCCAUUCAGAUGCCCUCCGCAGCCUUCUCAGCUCCACGGGUGGCGCCGGAAGGCGCGGCGAUAACGACUGGGAGCGGGGUUGCCACGGUAUCUGCCGCGUCUUCAGCGACGCCGCCGCGGCUGGAGUUGUACGAUGCCGCAGCACCGCAUCUCGGUAGCAUCGUUACCAUGAUGGUGGUGAGGGAGCUCGACCAGCUGAUCACCAUGGACAGUAACGCUUACGUGAAGGUGUGGUCGCUGCGGCAGACCCAGCCGCUCACCUCUUUUUAUGCAUGGGCGCCGCUCAGUAUCCUCAAGAGCAGCAACGGUGCCGGCGACGCGGGGCGGCUGGCCGGUUGGGCGUCCACCCAAGGCAGUACCGCUGCGCACCACGGUGGCGUCAGUGGCGCAGGCACGUCGGCCUAUGGCGCUCUUACUGCUUCCCCUGCGCUCCUGCGGACGACGAAGAACAGCAUUGAAGCUGCCGUUGAGGCGGCGGUGUAUCGCCUGCAGCCGUGCCGCAGCGCCGCGUACAACUACGCCGGUCGACAGCUGUUUGUCAUGGGCAGCCACAACGCCGCCUACUGUUUUUUCGUGAGUGGCCAGUCAAUUUCGCGGGCGCACACGGAGCCGCUGCGGGCGCUGUUGGUGGACACAUCAAUGGUUUCGCGGGUGGGCGGCGUGCAGCGACGGCUUAUCAGCCUGAGCAGCGCAGACUGCCGGGUAUGGUCGCUACCGACCGGAGCCAUGGAACUCGGCAUCCGUGCGAAUAGCGCCGAGUACCGCCAUCUUGUCGACCACCGGACCACCGGCAACACCCAAGGCAAGUUAUUGUCGACUGCCAAGUCUAGAGAGCAGCGGCGCUUGGAAGGGAGGGGCGGUCGAGGUGGCCGCUGCAGUGGUGCGCGUCCUCGGCCACGGUAUCCCGCACAGAUAUACAUCGCUCGCAACUCCGCCAUCCUGGAGGCUGCAUCCUCCUCGGCCACGACGACGGGCGAACCGCACCGCCUGCUGUUGCCAUCGGUCGACGAUGUCAUGCGGGCUGUGUCGACGCGUCCGUGGAGCAGCCACCGCCGCUCCUACCACCGGCCUACCAAGUGGAGAAUGGCUGUGACUGCGGUGGGCCUGUGCAAGGAAACCGCGGUGGCCGCCGCCACGACUCCAUCUCAGAUGCUGACAGUGGUGAAGCAGCCUCACGGCAAUGCGAUGGCCUUUAGUAGCAGCAGCAGCGCUGGUGGAGGUGCCGCAGACAGAGGUGACGGUGCUGAGGAUGAAGCAGAUGGUCUUGCAGCGAGCGCGCUGCGCCAUCAGAACUUGCUAUUGAGCGACAUUCGGUGUGCGUGUCUCGGCCCAGGUGGUGAGUGGAUCGGCUAUGCGCUGCUGCACGGCGACAUCCGUGUGCAUCGCAGCGACUCGGGGCGCUUACUGCACACCUUCAUCACCACCCCGCCGUCUAUGGAGGACUUGGUUGAGGCAGCAAUGCAGUACCAGCACCUCUUCACUUCCAUCGCCGCUGCGUAUGCACUGCCGCCACUGCCGUCGUCGCUGCACGGAGCGAACAUUGGGGACGCUGCUACGGCAACGAGUUCCAUGCCCACCGGUGUGAGUGCGACGCGUGGCGGUGGCGGUGGUAGUGCCAGUGACUUACCAACUACAGUCGCCCCGCCCGCGCAGUCACCGACGGCGCGGCUCACCUUGACCACCUACGCAAAGGCCGUUGCGUUGGUUCUGGAGCAGCUUCUUGCAUCGACGAUCGGUGUUACCUGUGGUUCUGCCGGGCCAGCGCCAGCCUCAGCCAUGUUAGGAGACGGUGACAAUCGGCUGGGACGCAACGUGCAUCAGGAGCCGCUACACCUGCUCUACCUCGAUGCCUCCCAAGAGUUGUUUGUCACCUACGCGGACGGUCUGCUGCGCUCCUUCACCCUGCUUGGUCACUCCAACACGGCGACGCGCGUGAUCGUGUCCCGCACAUUGAUAAACCGCGCACUGAUGCAGGUGCAGCGUGCACUUGCGUCGCAUCGCCGCCAAACAAACACCGUCUGCCCCUCUACCACGGCCUGCACGGGUGUGCCACGAGGGGGAUCGACAGCUCUGGCUGCAAGCCUCUCGGCGGCUCCGCUGCAGAGGCUACUCAUCACCAGGGCCCUUAGCUGCGUAGACCUCAGUGACGCGGGGGUGAGUAGGGGUCAGUGUAGCAGUGUGGCGGUUGGUGGCAACUCCAACUCUUUGUCGAAGGUCACGAGUAGCGAAGGAGCUGGCGGCGGUGCAACGGGGCGACUCACCAAUGCGGACGCGGCCGAGGUGAUGCCUGCAGCACCGCCGUCGAACGCGGUGCGCGCCAUGAUGGCCUCCUUGUCCACACACCAGAUCGAACCCGACGUGGUGCUGCUCGCCACUGCUAGCCCGCCACUCGGCCUCGUCUGUCUUGUACAUGCUAGUGGUCUGGUUACCGUGUUGGACAUACAGUCGCGCAGCGAGAAGGGCGGUGUUGUGCGGAUGCGCGUGGCGUUGGACAAUGCUGGCGACGUGAACGGCGAGGGUUGCGGCGGCUGCGCAGAGCAGCAGAGCGGCAGCGGACGCGAGCGCGCUCGGGCCGGUGUUGUCGUGCACAGCUUCACGACAGCAGACGAGGUAACGGCGGCAACGUUCCUUGGCGCCUACCCUUGUCUCGUGCUGGCGGAUCGCCAGCAUCAGCUCUCUUUCCAUCUCAUGAAGGGCUCGAGCUUGUUGGCACUGCUUGGUGAGUUUGCCGAGAAACUCGAGGAGGAUGGGAUGGCGUGCGCUGCAGGGCUUCGCGAGCGGUCCAAAGGCGAGGCGAGCCGCAGCGCGACGGCGAGACGGCCGCUGAUGGAUGUGCGCAAUACCACCGGCUACGGUGCAGCAGCAUCGUCGCCGCGGCUGCCGCCGCCUAGUGGCCAUGUUGAGAGAGACGUUGAGCGGGGGCACAACUCCACUGCAGCGAGCUCAACGCUGGUGUGGACCUUUUCUGUUGACGAGACGUGCGCUUCGCAGCGCGCGCUGGGCUACGUGACGGCGCUCGCUUUCGACGCUCUCUACGCUACCGUGUACGUUGGAACGUCCCAGGGGUACGUCUUGUCGUACCUUGUUCGGCGCUUUCUUAUGGCGUUUCAGCUGACCCCGGUGUUUCUCCGCGGCGUCGACGGCGUGGCUGCCUUGACCUACGCAGCAGAGCUGCAGCGCUCCUUCAUGACAGCGCGUUCUGGUGGGUCGCUGUGUAACACCAUAAGCAGCAGCUUUCUGCAGAACUACCUGCGCGUCAUCUUCGACGUUCCCGCGGCGGUGGCAGCGCAGGUGAAAGAAGAUCGUCUUUGCAGUCCGCAGAGGCGAUACGUCGGGUUGAAUGGCAACCCCUCGUCGGCCGCGACAACACCGAACCAAUCACCGAAGGACCUCGGCGGCCUCGUUGGCGUGUACAAGAGCCGCCGCGAUCUCUUUCAAACUUCAUGGCGUGACGUCACUGACAAGCGGCGCAGUGGCGGUAGCAACUACACUUGCGCGGCGGCACCGUCGCAAGCCAUCCCGAUCUACACCUCCGGCGAGGCGCUUAUCGCCGCGGCGGUGUUGCACGAUGCGGUAACGCGCAUGAUGACAGUUGUCUCUGUCUGUGCCACCACGUCGCCAGGGACAUCCUCAGGCACCUCUGCUACACCAGACGAGACACAGCCAUGGUGGUGCACGCCGGCGGGGCGGACGGUGCAGGAGUACGUGACCCGCAAGUGCGGAGGCGACGCAACUCGGAGUGACGUGGGCGAGUACUCUGGCGCUGCUAACGCAAGCCCUGCCGACUCGGGUGAGCUGGAGCUGGAUGCAGAGGGAGUUCAGCUGCUGCGUGGAUGGGUGGCCGCAGUGUUGACUGAGCAGCGUUGCCACCUGCAGCAUCACGUGAGCAACGCAGAGGCGGUGCCAGAGGCACGACGGCAGAGGCCGCGACAAAGCCCUUUCUCCAGUGACCUCAGUGCCGCUCAGGGCGGAGUGAGCCGUACCUCCAGCAAAAUCAGCCUCAGCAGCAGCGGAUGUACGGCAGUGCCGUCGAUGUCGACGCCCGCCGACGGCCGUGACGUCUCUGCUAGGGACGAAAGAGGCGCUGACCCCGACCAGGGGACCGGUGCUGCUGAGGCUGUCGAAGGAGGCGCCGCCACGGCGCAAGAGUUGGCGGAGGCUCUCGUGCAGGAGGUGCAGGAGGAGCUUCUUUUCGGCGAAGAGGCCCCCGCGACAAUGUCGGCCGCCCACGUCAGCGCUGUCGCAGGGUCUGCGCUCACCACACCCGGCACGCCGCCGCCGCAUCCCAUCACCGAUGCCUGGAUCGAGUGUCUCUUCACAAGGCAUGUCAUGUGCACCACCAGUCGCACCCCGCUGUGCUUCUUGACGCCGCCUGCGAUGCUCGAGCGAGCCCGACGAGAGCGGCAGGAUCGACGAGGGCGGGUGGCUGCCGCUGCUGCUUUGGGAAACGCGGUUGGUAGUGCGCUAUCGAUCCCGGAGUGGGAUGCUUAUGUGGAGGGUGCUUUGCCCGACUACCUCGCCGAUAUUCUGACCCAUCCGAGCCAGGUGCUGACUGAGGUUGAGCGGCAGGCGCUUCAGCAGCGCUCCAUCAUGACACUGCAGUGCCGACGUAACGGCUACCUCUGCAUCGGUCACGCUGACGGCAGUGUGACGCUGUGGACGCCGUACGCGUGUGCGCGGCUGGAGAGUCUGUGCCCGCGAUCAUCGCUGGCAGCGACGCUGGACCGCCUCGCCGCGUCUGUCAAGGCCCAGCUCCACCACCUCCAUGAGCGCAUACUGCAGGAGCGACAGCGACUCGCCUUCGAGGGAAAUUUGCACAAUGCUCGGCACACAGAGGAGGAGGGGGCGGCCCGUGUGAAGCACCGCAUCCGCGCGAUGCUGCUGGAGCAUCACCUGGCUCAGCUGCAGCUGGAGAUGACAGAGAAGGAAGGGGAAGAGGAGAGGCGCAUGAAUAUGCUGGCUAAGAGGGGCCAGGAUACCGAACCACAUCCCGUGCUAUCGACGCCGGGUAGGAGUACUUUCCGCCUGCACAACCUGACUGCACCGCAUGCACAGCGACACACCGGCCGCGCGGAGGCCGCGGCAACAGUGCAGGAAGCCAAGAGGAGCGGCACGUCAAGCCAGCCCUUCAUGUGUGGCUCGAUGGAGGCGGAGCUGCUCUCUAUGCGUCCUCUUCUGUGCAUGUUGCUCGGUAUCUCAUCACCGGCGGAGCUGCGAGCCCGGCAGUUAAGCCUGGAGGAUCUCUUCUUUCUCCCCUUCCAGACGCGCAGCCUCGCAUCACUGGAGGCGUUCAACCCCCGCUGCUACGACGUGGCGGUGGCGGUGGCGAUGCGCCGGCUGCGGCGGGAGCUCAUCGAGGAGGUCGAGGAGAGCGCCGCCGGGGAACCAGCCGGCGUUUCGCAAACCCUACCAGACGCGCUUACCGCUGCUGUGACGCAGGCUGCGUCGACAAUAUCGCCUGCUGUUACCUCUCCCGCUUUCCAUGUCUCGCUGAGCGGUAGCCCUCGCGGCGUCAGCGGGUUGGUGGCCCUUCGGCGCGGCAGCAGUAGUCCCCUGCACCGUAGGCCGCUGGAAAGCGUUUACGACUACCGCCUCUCUUCUCUGGUGAAGGCCUGGCGCGAUGGCGCCGAUCAGUCGCAAAGCGGCAGGCCGUCUGGGAUGUCAGGGGCGGCCGCUUUCCCAGGGGUGCUGCGCCUGCUGCUGCAUCGGGCAAUGGAAGGUGCGCCCUACUUGUCGAACGGCGCCGUGGCGGCGGCUCCCGUGAGCUCCAUCGCCACCGAGGCUACACACGGCGCUGCCGCUGGUGCCCAGCUACUACCACCUACACCUGCUGCCAUAGCUGACGGCGCUGCACCGGCAGAUGGGGAGUACUACGAAGUGUGUCAUGCUCUGCAGGCGGCGGAGGUACAAGCAGAGUCGCAGUGGGAGGUCGAGGAGCUGGGGCGGGCGUGGCUGCGACUGCAGACCUCUGCAGCAGCAGCUACAGUGUCGUCCACAUCCGCGCUCUGGUAUGGCGAGUGUGGCCGUCACGGUGCAGGCAGGAGCCCUCUUGCCAAGUUACCGUUCAGCAGCGCUGCGGCCGUGUCCGCCGCAGUUGACCGCCAUGUGAGGCGCGGUCUUGAGACGCGCAUAGCGGCACUGUCGCAUCGCGCUGUUGCGGCAGCUCUCUUACGGAAAGUGCAGCUGCGCUCUCGGCCCGCCUCUACGAGGGUGGAGACAGCGCCGCCUCAUCUAAGUUCAAGUGACAGAGCCGGCGGCGCUUAUUCGGUCUGGCCAUCGAUGGCCUCCAGGCGUGGUGGCGGGUUAGCGUGGGUGCAGGACGUCCUCCGCCAGCAGGCGCGGCAAGCCUUUACGGAGCCGCUGCUCACAUGGCCUCAGUCCGCACCGUCCCCGGCAAGGCCUGUUAAGUCCUCUCUCCUCUCUGGGCCAACAGGGAUCUACGGGCCGCAAAGCAGCCCGACCAUGUCGGCCAUUUCAGCACCGAUGCUCUGUGGCGACGAGUCGUUGCCGCCCUCCCCCGCUUCCGCCGUACUUCUCGAGGGUUUCAAGGGAAACAAGACGGCGGUAUUCCUUACUGAGGUGCCCGGCUACGCAGCUGACGCUGGCACUGCUGUUGCCGGUGCCGCUGUCUGUUCAUCCCACGUUCCAGAGCGGGGGGCUCUUGGUACGAGCGAAGACACGGCGCUGACGGGUAGCGCUGGGAUGACAGCACGACAGUGUUCCCUGUCACCUCAGCUGCCAUCCGUCGUGGAUCUGUCGCUGCCGUAUGAUGUCGAUAUCACUCUGCCACGAAGAGACUUGUGCUCAACUGUACUCUCGCCCUUGCCGUCACUGGAGUGCAUGUCCGUUGGCUACAGUGAAGGGGAUCGGCUGAGCUCACUUGGCGUGCACGGCGCGCCUGCGCUGACACUCCAUCGUGGGUACCCGGCCGCCUCUGCCAUUCCUGAGGCGGCGUCGCUCGUAUCGCGUUCCGUGUCGAGCGCGUCGUCGCUAGCCAUGGCAAGCACCCUACACACUGCCACCUUGAGUAGCCACUCUGUCUACCCGACGCUGCCGGCAAGACAGCGCCUGCUACCCCCGUCCACCUUGCACCGGGCGAAGUUGGCACGCACCGGCAGCGGCGGUGGCGCUCCCCAUCGGCAACGAUCAGCUACUACGACUGUAGUCGGCAGGAAGGGCAUCGCAAGCGACUAUACCGCAAUCACCGCGACGCGCCCCCCUGCUGCUGCCGCUGCAAUGACGGCAUCGUCGCGCGCUACGUCUGCCGGCUUUGGUGUCAGGUGCAGAGGAGUCGGGGGAGGAGGGAGUCGACGCAGCAGGGCGACGGCCCUGCAACCCCUCACCUACUACUCGCUCCUCGGCAACGCCGGCACCACUAAGUAG